AUGAAAUUAAAGAUAGAUCGAACGCCACGCGUGUUCUAUAUGCUUCAAGUUUCUCAACUCUUUUUGGCCAAGCAAGUCGACCCGGAUAAUGUUGAUCUUGUUAGAGAGAACUCGGUGCUGAGCUAUUUCCUGACCGGCAUCACACUAUUGGCGCGGAAGCGAAUGGAAGAAGUAAGCCUUUUCGACGACGGCAGCACCGACGCACUCGCGAAUACAUCAAUCGCUACGAGAAGCUAUUCACGCAAAAAGGGAUCCGUUUUAUUGCUGGAAGAGGUGCAACUUCUGGAGGUGUCGGAUUUGCAAAGAACGCUGCGAUUCGACAGGGUUCCGGUGUUUUUCGCUGUUUCUGCGAUGCCGACGAUAUUUCGGAUCCUAAGAGAUUGCGGCGGUUGCAGGAAUGUAUCC